AUGGGCCCGACCAGAACAGUGGUUUCCUGUCAUUUGGUAACCGAUCUGAUACAACAAUUGCUUGACACCGGUGCUUACACCAAUUUGGUUGUCUGUGGUACUCGAUCUGAGUUUCUAGUCCAAUUAUCUGCGGCUAUUCACUCACAGGAACCCAUUCCGAAGGCUCCAUCGCGCCAUGAUCUACUCACCAAAACCAUUGGUCUUCUUGCACAGUCAAGCAAGAUUCGGCUUACAUUUUGCCCAUCUUUGGAAAGUCUCAGAGCUCAUCUGGCCACGCAAUCCUCCGAUCAUGAUGCAAUUGGAGAAACGAAAGGUGGAAGUCGACUCUCGUUGCUUGCAAUUUUAGAUGCUGUGGCCUUACAUGGUACAACUAUGGAAUUCGCAGCACAAGGACUCUCGCGAACAUUUGCCGCUGCUGUUGAAACAGCCAGUCGAGCAAACGUGGAUCUCCUACUUUGCGAAUGCGACAAUGCUAUGAACCCUUCUAGUGCCGACUGGGGAGGAAGAUUGUGGGAUACGCAAGUUCCUUUAUUGAAUGGAUCACUACGGAUUCGCAGCGAAGAAGGCAAUUGGGGUGGACGUGGUGUCUCUAUUAAACAGGUUGCUCAACGCUGGUUUAUGUUUCAAGCUGAUCAAGAGACGGCUUGUUAG